AUGGCUGACUUAAUGUCACUUUCUGGACGAAAUUGUAUAAACAUCGCGGUCCGUUUAAUAUACAAGCAAUAAAAAUGGAUGCUAUAUGUCGACUGUGCAGUUCUACAAAAUUUGUCAACAAUUACAUAUUUGAUGAAGAAAAUGCACUGUUUUUAAAAAUGUCAUUAUAUUUACCAUUUAAGAUACUGAAGAAUGAUCGCCUGCCUCAGAAGAUUUGUGACAAAUGUAGCUGCAAAGUUAACGACUUUUACCAGUUCUGUAACGAAGCAAUCGAAGUGCAGUCCAAAUUGCGCAGUAUACUGAUAGCAUCAGGUAUUCCAUACGGCGAUGGUGACAACUGCUCAGCAACAGAGGCUGAGUCAUAUUCCUCCACUCUCAAUAUAAAAGUCCUCCUAGAGCGAGAGACACAGACGGAGAGAGAUGAAGCAACUAAUGUGGCAGUUGACAUCAAAGUGAAAGAAGAAAAAAUUGAACCAAAACCUUCCUCACCGCAGCUGCCUGUCAAAACUGAAAAUGAUUUUUCAGACAGUGAGAGCUCGUUGUGCUCCGAUGCUGUACUCUCUGAUGCAAGCGAUGACCUGUCACUGUUCAGUCUCAAAGAGAUAAAGAGAAAAGAAAAUGGUAACACACCAAAGAAUGGUGAAGUACAAGAAAAUAAAAGAGGUAGAAAGAGGAAGGGAAAGUUAAAAGACUUACAGAUAUUAAUAAACUCCCUCAACUCAAACUCUGCUCUCACUGUGGUCACAAAAAACGAUAGAAAUAUAAUAGCGGAAGAUGACAAGAGAAAGAUAAAGACGGAGGAAAUAAACACAGAUGCGGGGAAGAAAAAUAAAAGAAGUAAAAAAGGAGAGCAGCCGCAGGAUGCGUACCAGUGCUGCAUCUGCUUUGAUAAGUUCUACACCAGAUCUGACAUCCUGCAGCAUUACAAGUGUCACGCGAGCGCCGCGCCCCCCGGCCCCCCGCCCGCCGCGCCCCCGCCCCCGCCUCCCGCCGAGCCCCUCAAGUGUCCGCGCUGCAACAAGACGCUGCAGGAGGGCGAGUGGACGGCGCACUGGCGGCGGCACUGGAGGCGCGACUGCCAGCCCUUCCGCUGCGGCCUCUGCGAGAAGACCUUCCGCGACACCUACCAGCUGUUCCGGCACGGCGUGGCGCACGAGGCGGCGGGCGCGCACAAGGACCGGCCGGACGAGAGGUUCGUGUGCGACCUGUGCCCCGAGGGGUUCGUGUACCUGCGCUGCAUGCUGGCACACCGCGCGCGCGCUCACCCCGAGGCGGGCGGCGCCGUGGCGCUGCGCUGCCGGCUCUGCGCGCGCCAGUUCGCGCACACCAACUCGCUGCGCCGCCAUCUGCGCUCCCACACCGGCGAGCGCAACUUCCUCUGCAGCGUCUGCGGCAAGGCGCUCUCCUCCGCCGAGCACCUCAAGUACCACCUGCGCAUCCACUCCGGCUACAAGCCCAACGUGUGCGGCGUCUGCGGCAAGGGCUUCGUCAAGAAGUGCAACCUGACGCUGCACGAGCGCGUGCACUCCGGCGAGAAGCCGCACGUCUGCCCGCACUGCGGCAAGGCCUUCUCCCAGCGCUCCACCCUCGUCAUCCACGAGCGCUACCACAGCGGCGCGCGCCCCUACGUCUGCGCGCGCUGCGGCCGCGGCUUCGUCUCCCGCGGCCUCCUCACCAUGCACGUCAAGAGCCGCUGCUACGCCCCCGACGACUGCCGCUAGACCCCCCGCUGCCUCCUCUCAUCGUGCACGUCCAGAGCCGCUGCUACGCCCCCGACGACUGCCGUUAGACCCCCCGCCGCCUCCUCUCAUCGUGCACGUGAUCUGUAGUGUUGUGGUAGCGGCGCAGGCGGAGUUAGAUUAGCGCCGGGGUAAGGUGAGCUGUGCUGCACAUGCAACCUGACGCCGAGUGCGCACUCACACACACGAGGGAACGGAACCAGUGAGAAAGACAGACUUCUACAGCGUUUGUCGACAUAUUAAAAACCAAUCCUUGUUAUUUAGAUUUAGUUUUUACAACAACAUAUCCCGCUCGAAGGACCAGAGAAAUAUGUUUGUUAUUAAAACUUGUAUCUCCGUGAGAUACAAGCGAUGGAAAAUUACAUACGUAAACUAUUAUCCAAUUAGUUUAUAGUUUUACUUGAUUUUAGGAAAUGUUCCGUCGUGAGGCAUGACGACGGUUGAGGUUGUUUGUAAGUACGCGGCAGAUUGCACUCAGAGACAAUUACCAUUGAAUGUGUCGCACCGCACAAGUGUUGUCGUGUGUUAAUCAAACUUAAAUUAUUGUAAUUUAGGAAAGUUCCUAAUUAAUGUAUACAAGUUUGACAUUAUACUGUCAUUGUAUUUGUAAUUAUAAUAUAAUUUUUAAACAAAUAAUUUUAACAAUAUUUCCAUAAAUGUAACAGUGUAUUUAUUUAUUGACUGCGAACUCAUUAUGAUUAUUUGAGUUGUUUGUGGUUGUUUGAGAUGAACGUGUGAGUUAGUUAUAAGUUCCAAGUGCCUCGAGUUGUGAUACACUAGAGUAAGACAUCGACACACCAACACGCGCCGCGCCGGCUUCUACAAUUAUUAUUUAUUUAUUUUCGCUCCAACUGACAUAGAAUACGUUACAAUAAUAUGUUUUUUUAUUUAUUAUGAUAAAGGAAUUCAUGUUUUUGUUUUUACAAUGGAACUGACCUGAUCCCUUCCACCUCCAAUUUCAUUCGUUGGCGAGAGGCCAACGGUUACACACGUGUAUGUGUGUCCUGCAUCGCUCGGACACUGCGCAGUGCGUACAUGAUAUUAAAAUACCUGCGUGUUGCAGAAAACUAAACGAUUCUACGCACUGCGCUUACAAUAUGUUUAAAAUUUUGUUAAUAAAUAAUUAUAUGAACCAUAUACUAGUAUCAGCAAUUUUAAAUUUCACAAUAUUAGUUGUAUCGGCAUAUGGCAUGUAAAUUAAUUUUCAUUAAGUAAGUAAUACGUCACUUUCCCACGAAUAUUUGAAACUUGUAAAUAUAGGCUAUGUUACGAUAGUACUAUGUAAAUAAGAAAUUCUUUAAUUUUUAAUUAAUUAAACAUAAGAUGAUUCAAUAAAACUUUUUUCCAACAAGCAACAUAUAAAUGAUGCAAUGUUAACUAUAAUGAACAAUGUUUGACAAACUGUUUUUUCUAAUGUAUAUAAUUUUCUGAUGAUAUUUGUAAUAGAAAUAAAUUUAUUUACAACAAAACAAUUCAACUGAACUCCGUUUGUGUUAUUAUUACAAUGAUCACGAAAUAUCGCACUGUUUAUUUACAAUUGUGUCAAACUAUUGUAUUGAUUGAAACAUUUAGAAAAUAUGUUU